UACAUUUAUAAUAAAUUCCAAGAAACGUGUCCAAGCUGUUUAAGGUUAGAAUUAUCAGUCAGCGAGAUUUAUUCGAUUUUUAUUUGAUUCUUAGAAAAAGUAUCUAUUUAGUCAAAUAGAAAGGAAAAUCGUAUUUAUAAAUUGCUGCACAAGAAUGAGUAUUAAAAUAUGUUGCAUAUGUGAGUUUGAAAAUGCUAAAUAUAAAUGCCCCAAGUGUAAAAAAUUUUACUGCUCAGUAGCGUGUUGCAGCAAACACAAGGAAAAUUGCACUGGAAGUAUUGAAUCUAAUAAUUGUGAUAUAGAGAAUAGUGAUUCAACGGAGAAAACUAAUGUUCCAUAUAGUUUUCCUACCGAAGAUACAGUUCCUAUUGAAAAACUUGAGCAGUUACGAUAUAGCAAGGAUUUAAAAAAUUAUUUAAAAACUUCUCAAGUUCGUGAUAUUAUAACAGAAGUUCUGAAAGAUAACAAUCCGACCAAAGCUAUUGCGAAUGCUAUGACAGAACCUUUAUUCGUAGAAUUAGCGGAUGCUUGUCUAAAAGUAGUUGAACCAUCAGAAGAAGAGAGACCUUGCUGACAAUUAGUAAUUGAAAAAUUAUAUAUAUAUAUAU